GUUUAAAAAACAAGUCAAAUUAUUAUGAUAAAACAAAGUGUUCAACCGUGUAAUAUAAAGUAAAGAAUCAAGUUAAAGGCAGGUGUAGUUUAACGAGUAGCAGGGAGGCUGGUGAAUUAAUAGGAUAUCGAUUUGCCCGCACAAGUGCUGUGCUGGCUGUAACGCACACGACCGAGCAACUAGGCAGCCAUGGACGUCGAUAUUUUUGGGGCACAGUCCGUACGGACAUCGAAAAAUAAUCAUAUAAUAUUAUCAAAAGCCUGAUGAAAGGCAAUAUGUUGAUAGUAUUAAUCGCGAUCAUAGAAAAGUAGUUUAAAUAUUAAGAGAACGGGAGGUAAAAACUCUCGUUACGACGGUGGUUCGUAGCUAGUGUUGUGUUUGUGUGUAUGAUCGUCCGGUGCGUUGCAUUUCGUUCCUUGUUCCCGCAGUUCCUUGUCCGCGACGGAGUUAAUCAUCCGUCGUACGUUUCGCUGCUCUCUGCCAAUAGCAACGUAACGUAUAUUACCUGAAAUAAAACUCACGAACAAAGAGAGGAAAAUUAUUUAUCACUACCUACACAAUGGAGCUGGGAAGUAGCAUGGGUACAGGGGCUGUUGCCUGCCCCGUUUGCACCUUGUAUUUGCGGGAGGGUAUCAGCUUGCAAAAGCAUUUAGAUACACACCCCAAGGAGCAGGUGAUAGAAGCUCUGAUAAAGGCCAGUUCGCCGCAUGCCUCUUCUCAUUUAAACAUUUCUCAACUACCAGCUACGCCACCGCAUAAUCCCAUUCAAACACCACAGAAUCCUGUGGCUUCUCAAUCUCCGUACCCUGUGGGACCAGUAUUUGAAUGUCCUCCAGUUGCCUCGAUGAUGUCGCCUCAGUUUGCCUCAUUUAGUUAUCAGCAAUUUGUUAACAAUGGUACAAUGAUGAUACCACAGUACGCCAUGGCACCUCAGGCAAAUCAAAUGAUGCAGAUGUUAUACAACCCCUACAGCAUGUAUCAGCAACAACAAAUACCUGCUGUUCAAAUGAUUGCACCUAUAUCAAACCUUCCUUCUACUCCGAGAAGUAGACCGAUGGUCUCUGUUGCCAGCGAUACCAACGGCCGAAGUAAUAUUGUUCCUCCCAGUUUAACUACCGCCGAUCUGGAACCUAAACAAAUUCUACCGGAAAUCGAAACAGAAGCAGAGCCAGAUCAAGUUUUACCUAACAUGGAGAUGCCAAUGGUGUCAAUGCCAAUGUUGCAAGAAUCAGGAGUAGGCAUAAACCAAACUGAGCCAACCCAAGACAAUCAAAACCAGGUUCAACAUCAAACACAACAGAUUCAGCAGGAUUCCAUCACUCAGGAUGACUGUGGUGGUAGAAUUGAAUACCAACAUAUUGUACAAAAUAUAUCUAUGAAUGAAGACUGCGGUGAAGUUGAUGAUCAUAAGUCUGAAAGUGUAUUACCAGACAUUGUGGAUGAAGAACCAACCAUCGCACAACAAGUACCUAUGCAGUAUGAACACAUGCAAACUCAACACAGUGAGCAGUUUGAUAGAAACUUUGAUGUAAAUGCUAAGAGAGAACGAGACAGUGAAUCUGUGACGCAAAAAAUCAGUGCAGCAAGAGAAACCUGUGAAGUGGAUAACAGAAAAUUACCUGAAAAAGAUCAUCAAGACACUCUUCCAGUUGUUGGACAAAACAUACCAGCUGAGCGACCAAAGAAUUGUGAUGAACAACCAGAAGUCGAACAGUUAGAACGUUUUUUAAUUACUAUAAUGGAAACAGAAUUCAAUGUUGAUAGCUUGAAAAACAAAGAAGCAAGGUCUGAAGAGCUGAUACAGAAAAGCUGCGAUCAAGAAGCAGCUAAAGGUGACAGAGAGAUGAGCGUGAUUCAAGAAACCUCAGCCACUAGUUUAGACUUGCAGAGGUGCAGCCAGAAAACUCUAGAGGUGGAGGGAAGUGUUGAAGAAGAUGAUAACACAGACAAUGAAGAUGACAACAAAUCAGUACAUGUAGAUUCUGGUAUGGCUCUUGGUCAAGAAGAAGAUACAUAUUUUUUGUAUAUUUACAAAAAUAGUAUAUCUGCACCUGCUUCGCCGGCUACCCGGAGAGGUUUGAGUAGAUACAGAACUUAUUCUGUACGUUCGGAAAUGGGGUCCAAUGAAAACCUCAGUUCUUAUCCCAUUGGAUUUGAGGCGACAACACUGUUGGAUGAGGACGAAGAAGAUUUCAAUGAAAAGCGUGAAAAUGAGGACAAUUUUGAUGAAGAAGACAUGGAAAUAGAAGAAAUUACUAGCCCUCAUACUCCAUUUACGAAAAACAACGAAGGUACCGAAUGUGUAAGAUCUCAUACUCCUUUGUCUACCAUAAGUGGAAUCUCUGGUCUUAGAGUCCGCACGGAUCUCAGUAAACCCUGUUCACCUGCUUCAAUGCAUUCAUUUCAUCGCAUGGACACAAAUAGCCUUUGCGCGGAGGAAGAUGCAGAUGAGACAAUAGACCCAGAGACUGAAAAAGAUCCCAUUGAUUGUUCGCAACUCCAGAGGGAAGCAGAGCUAAUUGAAAAUUUAAAAAAUAUUUCUCAAAAACUACAACCAAAUCAUGUUUACCACCAAUCUGUGAUUACGGAAAAUUUAGCCUCCUUUUCCAUUAAUCAUCAUUCACAGAAAUCUGUGACGAUUCAUGAAUCCUAUCCAAUAACCAACCACCAGCAUACCGACCGUCUUCUAAACUUGUCUGAGCCAUCGGAACCCACAACAAGUACAGAAUCUAAAAAUUUCCAAUCAGUCAAAUCCGUUGUGCAGAAACCAAGUACAGAGUUAUUAAAUAUCAAUGAAGAUGCACAUCCAGGACCCAUGAACAUACUUGAAUUUGACGGACUCCAGAUUUUAGUUCCAAGCACAUUUAUCAGUGAAUCUUCUCAGAAAGCUGUAAGUGCAACCAGUCGUCAGUCAAUGGCUAGCAGUGAGGGUGGGUUAGAGGCAGACGAAGAGAUCAAAAGCGUCAAUAUGAGGGCAGACGAGAUUAUGCCUCCCAGGGGAGAGUUGUCCGAACAGGAAAGUAAUGGAUGCCAUGAACCUUCUGCCUGGCAGCAGUUAUACAUGGGUCAGGAGUCAUCCCGGAUGUCUACGUCUUAUGAUCUAAUGGCUCGUGAGAGUUGGGAAGAAUCAGAAGGAUCUGACAAUGAAAUUGGAGGACCUCUCUUGGACAGUCGAUCAUUGGCAACUCACUUCACUUCCAGCCUGUUUCUGGACCGUGACAGAAAGACUCCGACUAAGCGAUACUUCAAAUGUCCGCAUUGUUCAGAAAUUUUUGAUUGUCCAAAAGAGCGCCGAGUACACACCAGCACUGUCCAUAAAGAAGCAGGCCCAAGUAGCAGUAGAGACCCAAUGGAACAGCCUGAAGUUAAAGAUAUAAAGUUAUUAGAUGGACGAAUGAAUGUAUUCGACGAUCUUUUUGUUCCUGGAUUGCAUGGGCAACAGCCUCUUCUGCACCAGCUGCAACCAGCGCAUCAUCCCCCUGAUCUAACAAAGUUGGAGGUUGAUAGAAAAAUGGAUAACUUAAUUGUUCCCACAUCCAUUGAAAUCUCCUGUCCAAUUUGUGGGCAACUAUUUAGUAGUGAGAAAUCACUUCAGAUUCAUCAUAGACGGGUACAUGUUUCGGAAAGUAAUAAGAGAGUAAGGGAAACCGCUAAGUGUCAAACGUGCCAUGAAGAAUUUGCAUCUGUUGUUUUGUAUAAUUCACACUUGAAGAUUCAUCCAUUAGAAUGUGGGCAAUGCGGCAAAUAUUUUUACAGAAAACAAAACUUCAAACUACACAUGAAACGACAUCUGGGAAUCAAGCCUUUUCCCUGCACAGUCUGUGACAAGGCAUUCCUUACCAAGCAAAAGCUGGAUGAACAUACGAACGGGCAUACCGGUAAUGCCCCAGUGAAAUGCAACUUAUGUAACGAAACUUUCCGACGCUAUUCUAACUUGACUCAACACAAAAAUCGUCACCAUCUCAACAUCAAGAAAAAAUUAAAGGAUUACAUAUGUCACUGCGGGGAAGUAUUCCACACAAAGAAAAAAUUAGCUUGGCAUAAAGAAACUCAUGAUGAAAAACCUAAAGCGUGCACUUAUUGUAACGAAAGAUUUAUUCAUAUGGCCAGUCUGACGAGACACAUGAGAAGAGCUCAUAACAGGAGAUUUGUUCCUGAUGCGCAGAGAGAAAACGAAAAUGUCGAGUGCCCUAUUUGUAAGUGUAUUUAUUUACGCUCAUCUUUGGCGGUUCAUAUGCGCGUUCACAAUGGAGAGAGACCUUACGAGUGCCAAGUUUGUUCAAAAGCGUUUAGCACAAAAUGGAAUUUACAGUUGCACAAAUGGACUCAUGCUGCACGUAGUACCAAACCUUUCAAAUGCAAUCAGUGCAGCGCUGCAUUUUAUCGUCACAGCGACUAUACGGCACAUAUGAACUCUCACAGAAACGUUCGACCUUAUACGUGUAACUACUGUGGGGCACAAUUCAUUCGGAAAUACAACUGCCUACGACAUGUCAAAGAACACGAAGAAAAUAAGUCGUACACAUGUGACAUUUGCAACAAGACUUUUCACCGAUCUUAUUACCUCAAAGAACAUUUACGAGUACAUUCAGGUGCCAGACCCUACACAUGUCAUAUCUGUGGUAAGUCGAGUAGUACCAAGUCAAAUCACAAUAAACACGUAAGAAUUCAUCACGCAAGGGAACCUGUAAAUACAGAAAAUUAAAGGACCCAAGGUCCAACUUUGAAACGAUGUUACGCUACGUCUGAUGGUCUAAAGCGCUGGGUCUAUUUUAUUUAUUUAACGUUUGGAUCAACGUAUAGUUUGUGAGAGUUAUUGAACGUAAUUAGUUUACGUUUUGGCAUUCGCUAGGGCUAUUUAGUGUGAGUUCCUGGUAUAACAAGAUAUUUGUUUCUUUGUGCACCAUCAACUGAGUUCCAUGAACUUUGAUUUGACAACCCUGUAGUGUGGCUGCCCAGUGCACGUUUCGUUAUUCCAGUUUUGGAUGUGACAAAAUGCAAAUCAUUUCCAAUUUUGUAAUCAUUCCAAACUUUGUGACUUCAAGUUACAAGUUGAUGAUGAAUUGCUGUUUACGUUUUUACUGUGACUAUCUAAUUUUUUGGGCAAAGAAACAAAUUUCAAAGUAAAUAUGUUGGACCCUGCCAAGAAACAGUCUUAAUGUACAUUCAAAACUUAGGUGAUUUUUAUCAGAUGAAUUUAAUCGACUUUCAAAACUUAAAACUUAAAGGCAAUAUCCUUCUAGUAAAUUGGUUUUGUUUUUGUUUUAAUAAUCUGGAUUAUUGAUGUCUUUUGAAAUUUUACGAGUUAUUUCUUACUGUGAGAAAUUUGCAUCGCAAGCUAGUAAAGACUAGCAAGCUAGCGUGGAUAUCUGUGAUACAUUGCAUGAACUUCAUUUCAAUUCGUCUGACACAACCACAUUGAAAUUAUCAAUUCGUUUUAGUAGGAAAAAAUUUUGAUCAGAUUUGUCAUUGUUAGCAGAACAGCAUUGUCCGGGAGCCUGGGAAUACUUUAAAAUGAUAUGACAACUGGGUUUUUUCUCACCAGUGUUUGCUGGUAGUUCAGAGGUUUGCAGGAAAUUCGGGUUUUAGUUAACAUUAGUUUGUAAAAUUUUUUUAUAACAUUGAACAGACAAACUCGAUAAUUGAUUGUAGUAUCCUUAUUGUUAGAUAGAACAGUUUUAUUUGUUAUUACGUUAUGAUCCGACAGUCUAGUUUCGUAGGUCCAGUGACUUAAGACCCUAACUACUUAAAAAAAUGAAAAUAAAAUAAUACUUCUUGUUAACAAAUGUUAACUAUUAUCGGUGUCUCAGAGACUCAAGUAGCCCUACAAUAGAAUGAGGGCUACACAGUGAAACACGUUUGCCAACUAAUAGUAAUUGAUUAUUAUUCAUAAAUCUAAUUAACCGAUUAAUAUUAAAUAAUUAUUGAAACUCUUUUAUGUGUCAAUCGUUGUAAGUGGUUUUUUUUUUUUUUUACAAGGAACUAUUUUACAUAAAGAGUGUAUAUUGCAAGUUUGCGCGUCAGUGUCCAGUGUACUAAGUGUGAAAGGCCUGUAUUCGGUUGUGUACGAUCCGUACACAGGGUCUAUUAUUUACUAUUAUUAAUAUUUAACUAUUAGACAAUAGUUACGAAUCUUAGUUGUUAUUCUUCUAUAUUUAUAUAUUUUGCAAUGAUUAAGAUGAUUUUUAUUGGUAGUUUUUAAUACCAAGACUGAUCGAUGUUGGUGCUUCAACUUACUCCUCGAUAUAAAAAUGUAGGCUUACUUUUGUUUGACGUGAAAAUUAGAUCGAUUUUAAAAGAAAAUUAGAUUUUCUGUGUGAUGCUCUGUAACAACUCCUAUAAGGUAAUCAUGGGAUCACCAGCUGAGCUAUUACAUGUAGGUUUUAUAUAUUGAAGAAGUCAUGAAAAGUCUGGCUGCGGAAGCUUUAAAAUGUAAGAUAUCGAUCUCAGUUCAACAGGAGGAUUGUAGCACAUGUGACAAGAAGCAAUUUAUUAUAUAGUUUGAAUUUGUCAAAAACGGCCUUACUGGGUAUGAUGAAACAGAAAAAUAAUUGACAGGAGUAACUUGAAGUUAAAUUUCAAACUGCCUGGGUUUAGCGUUGAUUGUGCCUUUAAAGGCAAGUCAUGUUAUAAGCAAUUAUUGUAGUGAAAGUGUACAAAAUAAAUCCUGUAUAAAUUGUGGGACUGUGACUAGGUGCGUGCAAUAAUUGUACUUAUUAAUUAGUAUGGACAAUUCAACAGCAUUUUUAACGUUUCAAACUCUGUUUUCAAUGGUCAUUGGUGAUUUUUGAGGUGAUUUUGUUCCAUUUGAACAGGAACUCAGAAGCAUGAGGUAUUACUGGAAUUUUCAUCAAGUUUAUCAGUACACACAAACUGUUAAAACCAAGCCCCUGCAAUUUUUUACAAUUGUCACGUUAGGGGAUAAAUAUUUGAUCUUUGUUGCAUAGUUUAUACUAGUAUCACAGGCAGAUCAUAAGAGAACCCACCUAUAACCAACAUCAUCGUCAUCCAAAUGUGCAAUUGUGUAGCUAAGCAGCAUGUGCGUCAGUGAUAGACGCAGUACUGUAUAUAUUGUAAAUAUGUAUAUCAAUUAUAUUUUAUAAUAGGGCCAAUCAAUCAUCUGGCAAAUGAACAUUGUAUGGAACUUGAAUGAUGCUAUACGCAGAUAAAGAUAGGAUAAUUAUUAUCAUUAAACAAAUAAUAAAUCAGCAUGUGUAUACCUUAAUAAAAGUUAUGUAUUAAGGUACCUUUUUUUAAA